AUGACAUCAAGCUCCUUUCCCAGACUGCCCAGUUCUGGCAUCAAAGUGAUCAUUGUCGGGGCUGGUUUCGCUGGAUUGACAGCUGCUAUCGAAUGUCACCGCAAAGGACAUUCUGUUACCGUUUUUGAAAGAGUCCCUGAGCUGAAACCCCUCGGAGACAUCAUCAGCUUCGGACAGAACGCCUCACGGAUCUUUGCAAAAUGGCCGGGCGUCAUGGAAAAAAUUGAGCCCAUCAUGCACAAAUCCGAUGGGAUCAAUUAUCACAACUUCGAGGGCAAGUUUGUGACGUCACAGUCAUUUUCGCCGGAAAGGCAGUGGGGACGGAGGAUAAAUGGGCAUCGUGGGGAGCUGCACCAAGUCCUCUACGAGCAUGCUCGACUCAGAGGAAUCGACGUGAAGCUUGGCCAGAACGUUACCAAUUAUUUUGAGACCGGCAACGAGGCCGGGAUCGAAGCCAAUGGUGUUAAGCAUACCGCUGAUGUCGUCCUGGCUGCGGAGGGUGUCAAAUCUAGAGGUCGGUCAAUAGUGCUCGGGUUCGAUGACAAACCUCAGCCUUCCGGUUAUGCUGUCUUCCGAGCAUGGAUGACAACAGAAGAGUUGAAACAAAACGGCAUGACAAAGUACCUUGUCCAAUCAGAUAGCCACAAUGCCUGGCUUGGGGAGGACAUACAUUUCAUCGCCGCUGCCAUUAAGGAUGGGGCCGAGUUGAGCUGGGUCUGCACCCACAAGGAUGAGGCAGGCAUCGAAGAGAGUUGGCAGUUUCCUGGAAAGGUCGACGACGUGCUGGAGGUCCUGAAGGGCUGGGAUCCUGUCGUGUUAGAGCUUGUGAAGGCAACUCCGCCAGAUCGCCUGUUCGACUAUAAGCUCGUUUAUCGGGAUCCCCUUCCGACCUUUGUCUCCCCGCAGGCCCGAAUUGCUCUCAUUGGUGACGCUGCACACCCCUUCUUACCAACAUCGAUCCAAGGGGCUAGUCAAGCCAUGGAAGAUGGGGUGACUCUUGCGGCUUGCCUCGACAUCGCAGGCAGGCAGAACGUAAAAGAGGCCAUGCAGGUGUAUGAGAGAAUGCGAUACGAGCGGGUCCACAAAAUACAGGCUACUGGCGUCACAACACGAGACAAAUGGCAUAAGGCAGAUUGGGACCUGAUCUGGCAGGACCCGACUCUUUUACAUCUUAAGCGCGAGGCCUGGAUCCUCAAUUUUGAUGUCGAAGAGAGUGCUUACUCGCAGUACGAGGAUUUGCGGACAUCACUGAAGGGGAAAACGGAAACGGGUAUUCACGACUUGGGGGAAACACCUCAGGCUAUUUAA